ACAGUGAGAGAGAGAGAGAAGGAGUCCUUUUUUAAAUGGGAAUCCAGAGCAGGCAGAAGAAAGGACGCACACUAAAAAACCAAAAGCGCAGGCAAAAAGUGGAGACUUCUUUUACGCACGGGAAAAGCAGGCGGAGGAAGAGAGAGGAGAAGGAGCUCUGAGCUUUUUCUUAGUAUUUGUCUCCUUUCAAUCUCAUGACUCAAAGCGGGUGCCAGUUGAAAUCACCCAGUCGGGAGGAAUUGAUGGUGUCUUUUUGGGAAAGCAGAGCCGAGGGGAGGAAUCUGAAUGCGCUCGGCUGAACCAUGCCAGCCUUGUGGAUCCUAACUUUGGCGAUCACUUUGGCCCAAGUGCGGUGCGUUCGCUUCUCCCAGGAGCCGGCCGACCAGUCGGUGGUGCUCGGGGAGCGCGUGGUGCUGUCCUGCGUGGUCUUCAACUACAGCGGCAUCGUGCAGUGGACCAAGGACGGCCUGGCGCUGGGCAUCGGCGAGGGGCUCCGAGCAUGGCCCAGGUACCGUGUCCUGCGGGCCCUGGACAUUGGCCAGUACAACUUAGAGAUCUCCCACGCGGAGCUGUCUGAUGACUCGCUGUAUGAGUGUCAGGCCACCGAGGCCGCCCUGCGCUCCAGGAGGGCCAAACUCAACGUACUCAUCCCACCUGAGGACCCGGUGGUGGAGGGGUCUCCGGAGCUCCUGCUGAUGGCUGGGACUGCAUUCAACCUGACCUGCAUGACCCGCGGAGCCAAGCCUGCAGCUCACAUCCAGUGGACCAAGGACGGAGUCCCCGUGGAGGGAGCCUACCAGUCUACGGAAGUGCUGCCGGACAGGAAGAGGGUCACGACCAGGAGCUACCUGCCCAUCACCCCCGUCGACACUGACAGCGGCUCCAACUUCAGCUGCGUGGCAACCAACCCAGCCGUGCCCAUGGGCAAACGAGCCAACAUCUACCUUAACGUGCACCACCCCCCCACGGUGACCCUGUCCAUCGAGCCGCGCUCCGUCCUGGAGGGCGAGAGAGUCACGUUCACCUGCCAGGCAACAGCCAACCCUCCCAUCAUGGGCUACAGGUGGGCCAAAGGCGGCGUGCUGCUGGAGGGGGCGCGCGAGAGCGUCUUCGUCACCACGGCCGACCACUCCUUCUUCACCGAGCCGGUGUCGUGUCAGGUGUUCAACGCCGUGGGAAGCACCAACGUCAGCAUCCUGGUGGACGUGCACUUCGGACCGAUCCUGGUAGUGGAGCCCCGGCCGGUCACGGUGGACGUGGACUCCGACGUCACUCUGAACUGCAAGUGGUCUGGGAACCCUCCCCUCACGCUCACGUGGACCAAGAAGGGCUCCAGCAUGGUGCUCAGCAACAACAACCAGCUGUACCUGAAGUCCGUGAGCCAGGCCGACGCGGGCCAGUACGUCUGCAAGGCCAUCGUGCCCCGCAUCGGAGUGGGAGAGACGGAGGUCACCCUCACCGUCAACGGGCCCCCCAUCAUCUCCAGUGAUCCGGUGCAGUACGCUGUCAGAGGAGAGCGAGGGGAGAUCAAGUGCUACAUCGCCAGCACCCCCCCACCCGAUAAGAUUGUUUGGGCGUGGAAGGAGAACGUGUGGGAGAAGGAGAAGGGCACCCUGAUGGAGCGCUACACUGUGGAGCAGAGCAAGCCUCCGUCCCAGGGGGGCGCCGUCCUCUCCACGCUCACCAUCAACAACGUCAUGGAGUCCGACUUCCACUCGCCGUACAACUGCACGGCCUGGAACUCCUUCGGACCCGGCACCAUGAUCAUCACCCUGGAGGAGACAGAUAUCGUCCCAGUCGGAAUUAUCGCCGGCGGCACGGUGGGCUCCUCCAUUCUGCUGCUCAUGCUUCUCCUGGCGCUGGGCUUCUUCCUCUACCGCCAACGCAAAGGCAGUCGCCGCGGUGUCACCCUGGGUAAACCAGACAUCAAGGUAGAGACGGUCAACAAAGAGACCCACAGCCUGGAGGAGGAGGCGACCAACGUCUCCACGGCAACUCGGAUGGUCAAGGCCAUGUACUCCUUUCUGCCCUCUGUUUCCCUCUCUCCCUCCACUCAGCCGUUCAAAGACGACAUGGACCUGAAGCAGGACAUCCGCAGCGAGAGCGACACCCGCGAGGAGUACGAGCUCAAGGAUCCAACCAACGGCUACUACAAUGUCCGAGCCACCACCCACGAAGAGGCACGGCCUCAGUCCCACGCCAUCCACUACCAGGGAGAGUUCCGGUCUCCGAACCCAAACCCCGGCCCGGCUAGCUCUACGUCCAGUGGGCCUUCAGCGUCCCCCGGUGGUGCAGUACCCCCCAGCGCCGUCCCAGGCUCCAGGGCUGGAUGCUACGACCCCCGGCCUCCUUCUAGGAUGUCUCAUUCCACCUACGCCCAGUUCAACACCUUCUCCAGAGUGGCCCAGAGCCAGCAAGCUCCUCCCAAUCCGGCUCUCCAGUCGCCGGGAGACUAUCCCGGAGACUGCGGCCUGCUGGAGAGCACCACGCAGCUCGCCUACGACAACUAUGGAUACCCGUCCCAGUACCCCAGCUAUCGGGGCAUGGGCUUUGCUCCGCCCAUAGAAGAAGGGCCGGCCUACGAGAUGUACGCAACGGGACAGGGGACCGGUCCAGGGCCAGGGCCAGGGCCCAGCCCGGGACAGCAGAGUCCAGAAUCGGGUUUAGGGAAGUACGGGAGCUCAACCCGCUUCUCGUACUCGUCUCCGCCCUCAGACUACUCCCACAGACACACGCAGCGGAUGCAGACUCACGUGUGAGAAACGCGUUCGUUGAAGCCUUCAACAAGAAAAAUCCCCAUUUUGUACACACAAACAUCCGUUUCCAUAGCGAACACGUGCAUGGAAUUUGGUUCAUUUUCUGAACCGCCAAAAAAAAACAACACAAAAACUGAGAAUGCACAGCAGUUAGCGGCGCACCAUAUAUGAUAUAGUUCUAGCAGCAAUACAUGCAUACACACACGUGCACAGACCUUCUGUCGCACUAACGCGACAGCGAGAGCAACAAUCAGGGCGGACACGCCGGGAAGCAGAGCACUGAGAACUUCCCGCGCUCCACCUCCUGCUCGCUACGACCAUCAGACGCUCCUCCACCUCCUCUUUGUAAAUAAGUGCUUAAAUCAGCUUCGGGGUUCGUCCCUUUGAUGCGGCGACACACGUUUUGCAUUCUCUGACCCGCAUACGCAGAUUCUUUGAGGACCUAUUUGUUUCUAUGUAUUGCAUCAACGGCAGCUUGGACUAUAAAUACACCACCUGGCAGGUGUCCCCCCUCGGCACACCUGCUCGGUGGCCACGUCUCGCCAGAUCCGCUGUGAUGGAAGUGGGACAGCGCUUCUCAAGGUGUAGUGAGUGACCAGAGUGCCAAUGCUUUCGUGCCAACACACAGACUGACUCUCUCCCGCAGCGCGUCCGCCUCGGACUGGAUGACGGGGUUCCUCUGUUCGUGCCACGUGUGCGGGGAAAGGAGCGGUAGCGCGCGUCCCGAUGUGCUCCUUCGCCUCCUCGCCGCUCAUUUUCUAAUCGUCGCGUUUCCAUACGGAACAUUUCACCCGAGGUCGGUGCUAUGGGAAAUGAGGUGCGGUGGGGGCGCUUGUUCAUUUCACACAUUUUUGCAAUUUGUACAAAAGAAAUUACCUCCCUUACCCAUAAGUGUCAAACAGUAUUUGUUUCUUUUUCUUGCACAGUAGAGUCAUUUUUCCCUUAUUUAUACCGAAUAUGUAACAAACUGUCAUUCAUAAACAUUUUAUAAUAUUUUUCUAAGAUGUUGUGGACCAAAGGUUCAGAGUUUUCGGUGACACGCUUUUUAACGCGUGAUCAUUUUGGAUUUCUCUAAAGAGAGAUGGACGGUGUUUUUAAAGUGGAUGUUGAGGACUUAAAUCAGACGUUCUGAAGAGCUUGAUACCAAAAGCGUGAACAUCCAGCUGGGGGGGUGUAUGGGGGGGGGGGGCUCUCUGGUGGCUGGUUCUGUUUGGUGUCAAGCUCUUCCCUUUGAUUCCCAGUCUUUUUGACUGGGUUUGCCUUUUAGCGUAACGUUUCAGACAGUGGCUGGAGAACAAGCAGCUGUGAAGGUUCGGGUGCAGCCAAACAUAUCAGAACGAGGCUGCUCGGCUCCUUUUCCUCACCACAGCAGGAGUUUUUCUUUGAGUCCAGCUUUAACAGAGAAUUUGCAUCACGAUCAUCUGAUAUACAGUAUUUCCUCCAAGAGCUGCAGUAGACGAUUGAUCCGUUAUUUUAAACGACUGUUUUGUUUCUCUACUAACGAGGAAAAUUGACUAAGGAGCUGGUUAAACAUAGCUUCUCACUUAAUUCUGACUGUCGUCUGAGCAGUGCAGAUUAUUAUUAUUACUGUUUAAUGGUAGAAGCGGAUCAGCAGCACUCAAUUCUUGUCUGGCAUAAACAUAUUUGAGUGGCAUCGAGUGUUUUAAAUGAGUUCUUCAACACCAACACAACAUUCUCCAACACGAAUAUGAUUAUUUUGUUUUUACAUUGCUUUUCAGACAUUUGUAAGACUUUCAGGGAGAGCUGAAAGUUUUUGAAUGGUUGCUUGUUUUCUGUAGAGGCUUAUCUUCGUGUUCUUUGGGGAAACAAACAGACUUCCACUUGGCUUGGUAACAAGCAAAGAGUGAAAGAAACUAAGUUUCCCUCCACAAGAAGUAAUUACUUUGCAUCCAGUUUGAUACGAAUUCAGAAUCUGCUUAAACGGCCGUGAAUUCCGACGCUCCGGGGACAGAAACUGUCCCUGGAGCUUUGGUAGCGACUAAAACCAACAUCAUAGAGUAGCUCAGCUUCUGUGGAGACAAUUCACUUAAAAUCUAAGUUUGCAUUAUUGCAGCUUCGGUUUUAUAGAGACAUAACGAAAGACUCUAUGCAACAAAGCCCCACAUGCUUUAAUGCCUGCCACAUGUUUGAACAGUCAAAGUUACAGCAGUCAGUCAGGGCACCGGAGGCUAAAGAGUGAUGCCAGGAAACUCUGCACCUUCCAGAGUAAUCAUUGAGUCUUUACGCUUAUCAGCCGCCCUAUCAACCCCUCACAGGCGCAGUAUAUUAUGCUAAUUUUGUGCUAAGAGGCAGUAAAGAUUUAUUUAUUACCCCUGCUUUGAAUAAACUCUGAGAAAAGGGAAACCACCACCACAUCACCUCUGAUUAGAAUAUCAGAUGGAACCUUGUAGCUCCAAGGUCACUGUAUAAACCGCAGGAGCCGUAAUGGAGGGAAGAAUGGCAGCAGGAGCAGCCUUUUAAAUUUAUACGGUUAUCACAGCCUUGCUACUGCAUACUAUUACCUCUUUACAACCUUUUUUACAGAGUUGUAGCGCUGCAGUGUUUUGCAUCUGACUUGCAAUGUCAUGGUGACCUUGUGUGAAGUGAGUGUUCUUGACACCGGGGAGGCACUGACGCCAGCAAGCGCAGUCAGGGCCAUCAGGUACUUGGUCUUUGCCUCCUGGAUAUUUGCAGCCUGUCGACAAUGGGGGUGAAACUAAAGCUGUAAGAGACGCCACCGAUGCCAAAAAUGGAAAACGGUGGAGAAGUGUUUACUCCGUUAGGUUGUUAUUUACAGUAGUGAUGCUUCCCCGCUUCAUCUGUGUGAGCCGCUCAGUACUUCUCUGCCCUGCCUCAUAUUAAUAUCCAUCUACCAGCUUCCAUAUUCAGAGGAUGAAAACCUCUUUUAAUGUAAAAAAAAUACCAGAAACCUUUCUCCCAUUGCCUUCUUCCAGCGUCUCAUUAAGACGACACCGUGGAGUGCAGCGGUCCACCUUCUGUCUGCAUCGGGGACUUCAUGACUCAUCCAUAGUCAGUGUUCAUUUACUUUCAUCAAAUUACUGAACUGUAUGAAAACUGUUUCUCCUCUUAUGAAAAUCAGUAUUUUAAAUUCAUUUUCUUGGUAUUACUUUGUGGUGUUUGCCAGUGAAAGAAGCGACCGUGGUCAAACGUGUGUUUUUGAACUUUUCUACGCAGUAUUUAAUUUCCGUUGGAGAAGGUGGGUUCUGAUUAAUCAAAAAAAAAAAAAAAAUACAACAAACGGGGGAGAUGUGCAUGUCUGUGGCCAAAUGACUGCUCAGCCAGGCCACAAAUAGCCAAACUCCCUCUCAACUAGGCCAACCCAGACUAGAAGCAGGCCAGACCCGCAGCACGCCGCUCUGGUCCAUGCUGCGCCGCGCCGUGCCAUCCCCGGCCAAGAGCGACUCGAGUGGCUCCGUGUCCGUAUUUACCGCGUGGAGUCUUUGUUGAGUGCCAGAAGACUGUGCAAAAAAUGAACUGAGCAGACAAACUAAUGCAGCAGCCAUUUGUGUUAUUGUGUUCAUGUAUGCUCAAGGGUGUCGGUGCUACAGUGUGUGUGUGUGUGUGUGUGUGUGUGUACGUGCACGUCCAUCUGUGGUCGUGUGUGCUGGCAGUGCGACCCCAGUGCGCGGUUUCUCCAUUAUAAUACCUGGACUGGAGAAAUGAGGGUUUGACUGAUUGUUCAGAGCGGAUGUGAGAUUUCCAGCUUCCACAGUGGUGAUGCGUCCGGCUGGAAUGAAGGAGGUUCCUCCUGACCGCAGAUGCACGCAGUAGAAAGGGCCAAUUAGACUUUGUUUGUAGAUCGAAAUGAGUUAAGUAACAAUUCUUUUAUGAACGAUGCAUCAGUCCAUGCAGCUGUUAGGUUGAAUAAAAGAUGAUUGAGAUAAACUCUGCAGCCUUUGAACUUGACGGCUAAUUAAAGCAAAAUAAAGUAAAUUGCACUUAAGGCUUCCAGCGAAGUAAAACAAAGAGGGUGCAGAUUCGAAGGAUGUAGUGACCUGCAAACAUUUCAUCUCCCCACCUUCUUGAUACUUAACUAACUGACGUUGCUCUGAGCUUGCGUCAGUCCAACCCUCUGGGAAGGAGGACGACUGGGAGGGAGGAGUGGAGAAGGCGUUUGCUGGGUGGCCUUGGGACGGGAGGACGUCGGUCCGGCAUCCAGCUGUGAAACAGCUGCACGGCCGAACAGGCUUAACUGACAAUGAUCUGUCCAGUGAGAGGAGAAACAUGUGGCGGCAGAGAGGAGGGUGUGUGUGUGUGUGUGUGUGUGUGUGUGUGUGUGUGUGUGUGUGUGUGUGUGUGUGUGUGUGUGUGUGUGUGUGUGUGUUCAGAUAUGCAUAUAUUAUCUACCUUUUAUUUUUAUCCCUAUAUAUUGUUGACAUAUGUGAAUUAUGUUCAUUGAUACUUGUUUAUUCCUUCUACUCAUAAAAAAAUGUACAAAACAUCCAUCAUGAGAUGUUGCGGAUAUUUCUUUCAUUUUCACGUUUCUCUCUUAUGUUUGUUUUUGUUUUCAAAUUGUAUGUAAUUAUUUUUCCACAGUACGACAAAAUAAAAUACGACACAGCUUU